CCACGGAAACGAUAUUUUGUUUAAUAGUUUCGCCGAAUAGUUUAUUUUUACCCAGUUUUCCUUUCUCUAACUCCUUUUGCACCAGCUGUGUUUAUAAACACCGCGAAGUUUAAAGGACAGCCUGCUUGUGAAUGAUUAAUCGGGUUCAUCGUAAUUCACACUUUAAUUAACCGAUUUUGGUGUUGAAUGACUAGAAGGAGAAAAUAGGCAAUUCCCGGAUAUAAAUCAUAAAUCUACAUAGUUUCAAUAUUGGGCGAGCAUGGCCACAUAUACGUCUAUUUUGAAAAAUAAGUCAGGAAGGUCUUAAGAAGACCACAAAAAUGUAUUUAGCUCAGAGAGCGUCAAUCUUCAAGCUGUGCAAAAUUCUGCAAAAGCACUGCCUGAGAAGGAGGCAAAAAUUAAUAUGCAGGACAUUCAGCAAAAGCUUUGACGAAGCCACCUUUUUGCGCACUCCUAUCGAAGACAUUCGAAAUUUCAGCAUUGUGGCCCACGUAGAUCAUGGGAAAUCCACUCUAGCUGACAGAAUUCUUGAAAUGACUGGUGCAAUUUUACCAAACUCAGGAGCCCAGGUUCUGGACAAAUUGCAAGUUGAGCGUGAGCGAGGUAUCACAGUAAAAGCGCAAAGUGCAAGUUUAGAGUACACCAGUGAAAGAUUUCCCAAGAAAAAGUUUAUGUUGAAUCUCAUUGACACACCGGGUCACGUAGAUUUUUCCUAUGAGGUCGCGCGUUCCUUGAGUGCAUGCCAGGGAGUUGUUUUAUUAGUUGACGCCAAUCAGGGGGUGCAGGCACAAACCGUUGCAAACUACGAUCUGGCAAUGAAGCAAGGUUUACAAAUAAUCCCAGUGUUGAACAAAAUUGACCUGAAGAACGCCAACCCUGAAAUGGUGGCUGAGCAAAUGCACGCAGCUUUUAAUUUGCCAAAGAGCGAAAUUCUCAGGAUUUCAGCAAAAACUGGCCAAGGCGUGCCUGAACUGAUGGACGCUAUAAUCAACAGGGUGCCAAGUCCAAAAGCCAGCCGUGACCAUCAAUUUAGGGGACUCAUUUUCGAUAGCUGGUACGACCGGUACAAAGGCGCCAUUGUGCUAAUAUACGUGGCUGAUGGCAGUGUCAAAGCCGGUGACCUGAUAUCCUCGUCGCACACGGGCCUCUCCUAUGAAGUCAAGCAAGUUGGAAUUCUGCGCCCUGAGGAGCAGCCAGUUUCAGCUUUGAAAGCAGGGAUGGUUGGCUACGUUUUGUGCAAUAUGAAAAGCAUCAAAGACGCUUUUAUUGGGGACACCCUGAUGUUGAAAGGGUCCAAUGCCGCUCCUUUGCCAGGCUUCCGGCCAAUCAAACCAAUGGUCUUUGCUGGAGUUUAUCCCAUGGACCAGUCACAACACCAAAAUCUGAAAAGUGCCAUUGAAAAGCUCACCCUAAACGAUCCUAGUGUGUCCCUGGUAGUGUGUUCAAGUCCAGCUCUAGGCCAUGGAUGGCGGCUUGGCUUCCUGGGCUUGCUGCAUUUGGACGUCUUUUCUCAGCGACUUGAGCAGGAGUAUGGCGCCCUUGCUGUUCUUUCCGCUCCCUCAGUCACUUUUAAAGCUAAAAUCAAGGGGGACAAAUUUAUAAAAAAAUAUGGCCACGAAGUUGAGUUCAACAACCCCAGCAUGUUUCCUUCUUCUGACAUUGUAGAGGAAUAUUAUGAACCAGUUGUACUAGGAACAGUCAUCACACCAGUUGAUUACUUGGGGCCUGUGAUGUCUCUAUGCAUGGAAAAGCGGGGCCGGCAGCUAAGCUCACGAAAUCUGGACCAGUACCGUGUGGUGCUGCAGUUCAUUUUGCCAUUGGCUGAAAUUGUGAUCGAUUUUCAUGACCGACUCAAGUCGAUCUCGUCUGGCUUUGCGUCGUUUGACUACGAAGACAACGGCUUCGAACCUGCUAGCCUGGUUAAACUUGACAUCAUGUUGAAUGGCGUGGUGGUGGAAGAACUCAGCAGCGUGGCACACUACAAAAGGGCCCAACAAUUUGGCAGGAGCUUGUGCAACAAACUUGUUGAGCUGAUUCCUCGUCAGCAAUACCUGGUUGCCAUUCAGGCUGCAGUGGGGAGCAAGAUACUGGCAAGGGAAAAUCUGAAGGCGUACAGAAAAGAUGUUACAGCAAAAUUGUAUGGUGGAGAUGUGACCAGACGCAAAAAACUUCUGGCCAGGCAGGCUGAAGGUAAGAAGAAACUGCGUUUAGCAGGAAAUGUUGAAGUGCCCAGGGACACAUUUAUAAAAGCACUGAAGUUUUGAGCAAAA